GACUCCCUGUAAAAUUGAAAAGUGUGCCUUUGUAUCUCUUCUAUGCUUUUGAGACGACCCGAACCUUCGAAUUUCGGGUCAUAUUCAUUUCCUUCUCCUCUUCCAAUUUCCAAAUUCCAUUUUCAACCUCUCUCAAAAAAACCCUAAUUUCCCUGCAAUUUCAGAUCUCCGAUCAAUGGCGAAACAAUUCAACGUUCCUCCGGUGAUAUUCCCCUCCGACGGAAAUCCCGGUGUACCGCAACGCCGUCCUCCGGCUAAUCCACCGACGGCUCCUUUUCAGCCGCCGAGAUCUUCAAACCCUGGAAUACCUUUCAUGUCAUUCGACAUUGGAUCAGCAGCUGCAUCAACUUCAUUUUCCACUCCCCAGUUCGCCUCCGCUACCAUCGGCGGCGGCGGUGGAUCAAUUGGAUUUGAAGAUGAACCGCCGCUAUUAGAGGAGCUUGGGAUUAAUACAAAGCAAAUUUACCAGAAGACUCUUUCAAUUCUCAACCCAUUUCGAAUCAAACCAGAUCUUCACGAAGAUGGUGACCUUUCUGGACCGUUCAUAUUUCUAAUGGCGUUUGGAUUGUUUCAAUUGCUAGCUGGAAAGAUCCAUUUUGGGAUAAUAUUGGGAUGGGUUGUAAUGGCUUCGAUGUUUCUAUAUGUAGUGUUUAAUAUGCUCGCUGGUCGAAAUGGGAACUUGAAUUUGUAUAGAUGUGUCAGCUUGAUCGGUUAUUGUAUGUUGCCCAUUGUGAUAUUAUCAGCGCUAUCACUGUUUUUGCCUGGUGGAUUGGUGAUCAAGGUGUUGACCGGAGUUUUUGUUGUAUGGUCAACACGGGUUUGCACGAGGCUUCUGGUUGAGCUGGCUUCGUAUGGAGAUGAGCAUCGCGGGCUAAUUGCGUAUGCUUGUUUCUUAAUUUACAUGCUUUUCUCUUUGCUAGUGAUAUUUUGAUAUCUGCAGAAAGGAAUUAAACUGAAAAAAGUUGGCAUUUUGCAGCCUGCAAUUUGAUUUGUGAUUCAUUUUUUUGUCUUAGCUACUGAGAAGAGUGUAGAAAACUGAAUUAUGCAGUGUUAAUUUUACAGUAUCUAAUUAGUUUCUUCUGGUUUGGUUGUUUUCUGUUGAAAGAUUUGAAUUUUAAGAGGUUAUAAACCUUUCGUGAAUGAAGAUGGUUAUCAUGUUGUGCAAAAAGUUUUUGGUUUUC